AUGGAUAAUUAUAACACCAAAGAAGAUGUCCGCAAUUUAGGCCUCAUGGAUCCGGAGCUCGAAGCAACUCUUCUGCAUAGCCCACCUCCAGCAAUGGAUUUUUCGGGACCUAUUGAGCAAUUGCGCCAAAUAGUUUCCAAAAUGGAGAAGACAGCAUAUGAUUCCUGCCCAACAUUCGAUACGCAAGAAUCAGUGAUUACCAUCACGAUGCGUGAUGGAUACCAAAGCGAGCUUCUUAUCACCAAGCCAGGAAACUCCUCUCGGGCAAACCCCGUGGUUGUUCUAAUCUUCGGAGGAGCUUUUGUUAUGGGUACAAAUAUCCAAUCAGUUAUUUGGGCUCGCACGAUCGCAUAUCUGUACAGCGCCACUGUGGUUCAACCCUCUUAUCGCUUAGCACCCGAGCACAAAUUCCCGACCGCGCCGAAUGACAUCUGGGAUAGUGUGCAAUGGAUAGCUGCAAACGCGUCAGCAAUCGAUGCAGACCUAUCCAAAGGGUUCGUCAUUGGUGGCGGGUCGGCAGGCGGAAAUCUUUCCAUCGUCACAGCCCAUCGUUCAGUAAAAGAAAAGCUCUUUCCGCCAAUCACUGGAGUUUUGGCCAGUAUUCCGGUGUGUAUGAGCCAAGAGACCGUGCCGGAGAAAUACAAAGAGCUGUGGAUAUCUCGUGAGCAAAACGCAAAUGCGCCUGGAAACCCGGGUCUAAAUGCAAAGUCUAUUGGGGGUUAUGAGACUCUCUACAGGCAGGAUUUCUUGUCGGAAGACUUUUCGCCCUUUAUGUCGACAGCGCCAUUCUCUGCCCUUCCACGAACAUAUGUUCAGGUCGCCGGGCUAGACAUUCUCCGUGACGACGGUCUUAUUUAUGCAAAGGCUUUGCAAGACAACGACGUUGAAGUGAAGUUUGAUGCUUAUCCUGGCAUGCCACAUGGUCAUUUCAAUUUAUGGCCACGCUUGAAGCAGUCGAUCAAGUCUCAGGAGGAUACCAUUUGGCAUGCUGGAUGGCUUUUGGGUCGUGAGGUGCCUAGGGAGAAGGUGGAAGAACUUGUGACUUUGAUUUUGAAAUAA